GCGGACACGGUGUUCGGCUCGAGUCCCUGCGCUGAAUCCGGUUUAAGGACAAGCCCGAAUUACAGCUCGUGUCCGCAGCCCAAGGUUAAUCCGUCAUGCUCCAGGUUUUAUCCGCGUUGUUCUGCAUUUUCGCUGCAGCGGGAUGUCUGCCCGUGUUGGAUGUGAAGGAAAGCAGCUGUCUGGAGGAUGCGAGUAUGAGGACAGAUGGACACUGGCCCCCCGCAGGCUGUGAUCGACAGGUGACAGAUGACAUUUUGACUGCUGAAAAGCGGCACCAGGGUCUGCUGAGAGAGCUACAGGAGCUGGUUGAACAUGAGCUUAAAAGAGAGAGCGAAUACACUCGGGAGACGGAGGAGUACGACCUGAACGACAUGGGUGAGCAAGAGGACAGGAAACAGGGUAGACAGAUGGAGGACAGGAAACAAGGGGAUAAGGAAGAAGAAGAGGAGGAGGAGAGCGCCCGAGAGCUAGAAGAACUCCUGGCUGAAGAGAUCCGGAAGAAAGAAGGAGGAAAAAAAGAUGACGUAGUGCUGAGCAAGAAGGAGGAACAUUCAGAGAACAUUAAGGAUGUGGAGGAAAAAGAGAGGAAGAAGAACGAGGCAGAGCUGACAGCAGAGAAGCAGAAGGUGGAGCAUGAGCUCCAGGCGCUGACAAGCGACGAGACCAAGGUAAAGGAGAGGCAGGAAAAGCAGGAGGAGCUGCAGGAGCUGCUCCAGAAGAUGGAGAGCGCGAAGGACGAGCAGGAAGGACCGACGGAGGAAGAGAAGGGACAGGAGGAAGACAUGACCACUGAGACGAAAGAGCCACAGCAGAAGAGGGAAAUGGAGAAAGCUAGUGAUGAGAGUACGAGACAGUUCGAGAAGGAGAGAUACCAUGAUAACAAGGAGGAGGUGGAGGAGGAAGACAGAGAUGAAGAUGAAGAGGAGGAGCAAGAUGAAUCAGAGGAGCUGUUGGAGAUCGAAUCCCAGUUGAGGAGAGUCGCUGCCGAGCUAAGAAAUCUGCACCGGGGAUAAACAUAUACACACACUUACACGCGUACACACACACACACACACACACACAGACACAAGAUACAAGCCAUAACAUUAAUCGGUCCAGUGAUUAGCCUGCUAAUCAACAUAAGCCAAGAUGAAUCAAUCUGAGUCAAAUGAAUCAGUGAAUCAAAAUCAGUGAAUCAGCCAAGACAGUUUUGUUGUGUCUAAUGUUUCCAAAACUGUUGUAGCUAGCACGUAAAGGAAGACGCUAGCCAACGGUUUAGCGUGGCGUACGAAUAAAUGAAUGGACGAAUUAAUUUAUCGGUUUUGUUGGAUCGUUCAAAGAAUCAAAUAGGCUUUAUGACUCUUUUUAACUCACUGUUACGUAUAAAAACACAAGGAUGCCGCAAAGCUAAAGCCAGUCACCAGAACACUUUCUUCUUUAACACAUAUUUAGGUCUCACACAUCAAUCAUGAGAGGAGGUGUGGCAUAAAGACAAAAACUCUAUAUUUUCUUGGGAUUAGUUAUCAGUAAUUGAUAGGACUCGAGUCGAGUGUGUAUCACGUGGUGAGGUUUGUGAUUUGAACUCUUCUCCAAGGUGCGUAGUGUUUCUAUACAGCGAUGUGUGUGUGUGUGUGUAUUUGGCUCUUACACUGUUAGAACGCAUUCAGACUGUUAAGUGAGAGACGUGUGUGAGGCUUUUUGCAGGGAACAUGAUUUUCUGUGUGUGUUUUCGUGUGUAUGUGUAUUGACAGAUUGUAAUGCUUCUGCUUAUACAGCAAACUGACAUAUUUGAUAAUCUUUGCAUUACUUUGUAAUUAUAAUAUGCCUGUUUAUUAUGGUACUUACGGUAGGCAUUAUAUUCCAGUAUUUACGGUAAGCAUUAUCAUCGCGUUAAUCACAAAACAAGCAAAACAAAACAAAGCUUUAUAUAAAAUUGAGAAGUUGGAUGUAAAACUGUGUGUGUGUGUGUGUGUGUGUUUUGCUACACCAUGUUCCCUGAUAAAAAUGUCACUGCAGUUCUCUCAGUAUUAAACAAGCCAAGGAGGAUGGAGCUCCUAAGCCAUUACAGCUCACAAACACACAAACACACACACACACACACACACACAAAGGACAGAGGAUCUAUCAUCCUCUGAUGACCCUUUUUAAUUAUUAUAAUUACUAUAAUUUUUUUUUUCUAGUACAGUGGUGUCAGUCAGGGUAUGAAAACUAUUUCAGUGAUUUUAAAAGCAAUGCACAUUGGUUUUCCGUCAUGGUUGCUAAUACGGUUAAUGUCUUAGCCUGCAAUAAGUGAAGUUUUAAACAAAAUUAUUUAUGCAUAUAUGUAUUAUGUAUAACGUACAAGCCACAGACACUUUACAAUGGCUUAAGUGAGUAUUAACAAGUAAUAAAAAUGUACCUGAAGUAAUAUUAUAUUUAAUAUAUAGUGCUAAUCUACAACUAUAUUACUAUAUAUGCUGAGAUAUCCAAGUUUAAGCUGUUUGUUUUAUCUGAUUCAAUAUAACAGUUCUAUUCUCUUAAUAAUCAUUUAUCUGUAGAUAAUUUAUAUAAAGGUAAAAAAAAAAACUAAGCUGUGACGUCAAAAUUGGUCGUGUCCCGAUUUUCGUGAUCUGUACUUGUGCACUUUGAAACUCUGACCUGGAUUAAGACGAGACCAGUUUGUGACAAAUAAUUGUUAAUAUUAGCUCUUUUUUAUUUUAAAUGUAUUUUAACACUACACCAGGUUUACAUUGACGUGCAGAUUCAAAGAAAGAAGGCAAUAAGUGUACCGUCUCAGCGGUUCUUUAAUUCAAUAAGGCGGCCAUUGUGUCGAUUUGUUCGUUGUGAGACGAUGGGUUUGAUUUGUGAUAUGAUUAAACUCUUAAAGGAAUAAAAAUCACAAUGAACACA